AUGUCUUCAAACGCCGACACCAUGUCCGAGUCUAAGCAUCAGAUGAACUCGUCCGAUUUCGAAGUUGAUUCCCAUGACCUUCCAUCCCAGUCCAAGGCCAAGACCGUCCAUCUCUUGGACACCGUUCGCACCGCUUUGACUGCGGUCUCAAUUCUUUCUGCCAUCACCAUACUCGCCACCUCGGCAGAUGCUUUAUCUAUCUACCAGGCGACUCACCUUCCCGAGGACCACCUUCUUCCUCUUUGGCCAGCCGCCUUCAACAUACGCCCCACAAUUGCCCUGGUCGUGUGUAGUACCAUCGUUGUGGUGGCCAGUGCCAUCUCUCUCGGGUUUGGAAAGACUAAGACGCUCGGAAACCAGGUAUCCGUUGCCGCCAUCGCUAUUCUCGUACCGACUGUUGUGUCCCUGACCGCGGCGAUCAUCGCCAUCUCCUUCUUCUACACCGUCAACGGCUCCGUGGAGGUCGAUACCGUGCAGAGCUGGAGCUGCCAGUGGCGCGAUGUUUCGAUGUCGACGAGGCCACACUUUGGUACCCUAUGCAGGCAAAGCCAGGCUUCGACUGGACUCGCUGUCGCUCUCGUCCCAAUCCAGGCCAUUAUCCUCGGCGUAUCCGCUGUAGAGAUGGUUCUCGCCAAGGCUGUGAACUCGGCGAGUGUUCCUUCAAGGAAGACGGCAAGCCCUGGUUUCUAG